AUGGAGAUGCGUCGUCUCACCGCCACACUCUUGGGCAACGCCAUAGCGGCAAUUAUCUCUGCUUUGGCCAUUCCACACUGGGGCUGCGGCAAUCUCAUCGAAGAUUGUACCCGAGGCUAUGAUCGUGCGGCCAUAAUUGCCGUCGCUGCCCUUCUCAUAAUUGGUCUGGUCUUCCUGAUUGUCGUCUUCAUCAUCGACCUUGUCUUGAUCUGCUCCAGCACUGUGCCGCCCGGUCUCAUCACUGCGCGAUUCAUCCUGCUGUAUUUGGGCACAGGACUCAUAUUGAUAGCCGUCAUUGUGUUCACGGCCAGGAGGAAUGGUCUUUGGUCUUACUUCCUUGCAGUGAUCGGCUCCAUUUUCGCCGUUGUUGUGGCCAUUCUGGCGAUCAUGACCUCUAGGUGCGUGACGCGCACUGAGCGUGUCGUUGUACGAACCACACGCUAG